UCCAGUUAUCGUGUGUCUAAAGAGAUGGUAAUUUGGACCGCUUACCAUGACCACGAUCAUACCCAUACCCAACAGCAACAGUAGCGUUCUCCAUACUCCAUACCAGUGUGUCAUAAGUGUACUCGAAGGAACGUACGUACUUCGCGUGCUACGAGUUUAAUAUUCUCGGUGAUUGUUUUUUCCAUGUUCGACGAGUCGAAUACGAUUUUUUGUUUUACGUACGUAGUACUCUAGCUCUGUGCUUAUACCUAGACCGUUCGGCGUUUGGCGUUCGGUGUGCGCGUUAAAUUACACCCAAGAGUCGGUCCGGUCAACGUUACCGAACUUCCAGAAUCACCUGGGCCCAUUUAAAUGAAUCCUCCAAAGAAGCAUUCCGCAAGAUGAUCAAUUUUGUAAUUGCUCUAGAAUGGACGUUGCUAGUAAUUACAUUAACUCAAGUCAACGCAGACGAUACGCAUGGAAUCGAAAGGCGCGCUACAAACUCUGAUACUACAAAGAAAAUCGUCUGUUACUACACCAACUGGAGUGUGUAUAGACCAGGAACUGCGAAAUUCUCACCUCAAAAUAUAAACCCAUAUUUAUGCACCCAUUUGAUUUACGCAUUUGGCGGGCUCGACAAAGAAAAUGGACUGCGGCCUUAUGACAAAUACCAGGACAUCGAACAAGGUGGAUACGCCAAAUUUACCGGUCUUAAAACGUACAACAAGAACUUGAAAACGAUGCUGGCCAUUGGAGGAUGGAACGAAGGCUCUGCUAAAUUUUCUUCUUUAGUUGCCGACGAAGAGAGACGCGGUAUUUUCGUAAAAAACGUGGUCAAAUUCUUGCGACAGAAUAAUUUCGACGGUUUAGACUUGGACUGGGAAUACCCGGCGUUUAGAGACGGGAGCAAAUCGGAGGAUAAAGAGAAUUACGCUUCAUUGGUUAAGGAAUUGAGAGAAGAAUUUGAAAGAGAAUCAUCAAAAACUGGGAGAUCUCGUCUUCUGCUUACGAUGGCUGUGCCUGCUGGUGUUGAGUAUAUAGAUAAAGGUUACGAUGUACCCAAACUAAAUAAGUAUUUAGAUUUUAUGAAUAUACUAAGUUACGAUUACCAUUCGGCUUACGAACCAAACGUCAAUCACCAUUCUCCUUUAUAUUCGCUGCAAGAAGAAUCCGAAUACAAUUUCGACGCGCAAUUGACCAUUGAUCACACUGUGAACCACUACUUGAAGAAAGGAGUCGAUCGGGAGAAAUUAGUCUUAGGAAUACCAACUUAUGGUAGAUCGUAUACGUUAUUCAAUGCAGAUAGCACUGACCUCGGUUCACCUGCUGAUGGUCCAGGAGAACAAGGUGAAGCGACCAGGGAAAAAGGAUACUUGGCGUAUUACGAGAUUUGCGCCAAUUUAGAGAAUGAUAAAGAAUGGAAAAUCAUUCAGCCGAAAAAAAGUGCCAUGGGUCCUUACGCGUAUCGAGGCAAUCAGUGGGUGAGCUACGAUGACGCGGAUAUUGUAAAAUUGAAGGCUAAAUACGUUAAUGAAAAAGGCCUCGGUGGAAUUAUGUACUGGUCCAUCGAUAAUGACGACUUCAGAGGCAAGUGCCAUGGUAAACCAUAUCCAUUAAUCGAAGCUGGUAAAGAAUCGCUCUUUGCAAGUGGAGGAUCAUCUGCAAACGUCAUCACAACAUCUGAAGAAAAACGCCCGUCCAAGCUCUCUAAUAAACGAAAUCGUCCAAAAUCGCAAACUUUGAGCAGUACCAGUACCACUACCAAACAACCACCGACCACGUCUGCAACCACCACUUAUAAUGCACUUUCCACCCCAGAACCUCCGACAACACCCGAUCCAGGAACAGAUUUCGUUUGCAAAGACGAAGGAUUUUUCCCACAUCCGCGAGACUGCAAAAAAUAUUUCUGGUGUUUGGAUAGCGGCCCGUCGAACCUCGGAAUCGUAGCUCAUCAAUUCACCUGCCCAUCGGGCCUGAUGUUCAACAAGGCAGCGGAUUCUUGCGACUACAGUCGAAAUGUUAUUUGUAACAAAAAAUCAGAAAAAAGUUCCACCACUACAACCACUACAUCGAAGCCUACCUCAACAAGCUCAUCUCCAACGAGCAAAAUUGGUACAAAAAUCACUGCCAAAACAACCACUUCAACCACCACCUCCACCACCACUACAACCGAGCCACCUCCAUCUUUGGAAGAAGAGUAUGAAGAUGGCGAGGAUGUAGAUUCGCAAGAAGAUCCUAAAGCGAUCAAGCAACUGAUUACUUUGAUCAAAAAAUUAGGUGGAAUAGCUGAACUGGAGAAACAAUUGAAAUUAGAAGAUGGUUCGACAGAAGUCACGACGCCGGCAAUAAGCAAAAAUCUUUACAAUAAAGUAUUCAGCUCACCAACUUCCACAAGAUUCAAAAGCCAAUACCGAAAUGGACCAUCGAGCCCUCAACAUGAAACAGCUUCGUCCAAUGAUGAUGUGCCAUAUUACAGAAAAGAAAAACCACAAUACGUUACAAUACAAAGAAGCAGGCCAUUGAAAAACGUACCCCAAGACGCCGAAGACUCUGGUACGACGAAUAAUAAAUCAGUAGAACCAGGUAAGUACCAAGAUACCGCCGAGUACACGGAUGACGCAGCCGAAGGUGAAAUAACCACCAUUAAAUACUCGUCGCCACCGAGAUUCCGUUCUGGUGCAGAUAGUAGAGGCAGUUCUCCAAAAUAUGUAACCUUGGAAAGAAAUAGAUCAGACCGCACCUCGACUACCACAGCUGCUGAUGAUGAAUCGAAGCCGGAAUCGUCUAUUACCACUCAAAGGUACAUAACACUAGUACGACACCGACCCACACCAGUCACCGAGUACGAAGAAAUCAACACCGAACCAUCAUCGACGCAAAGAACCUCGACGCAAUCCAGACUGCAGACCGAAUCUCCGAUCACCGAAAGAUUCAAAGACAAGGUGAGCGAAACCGAGACCACUACGAACUUGCCAGUUACUUCAGCUCAAUUAAAUACCGAUCAAGUACAACAAACGUUAGUAACUACCCUCGAAAAUCUCGACUUUACCACCUUGGUCCCAAAAACGUAUCUAGUAUUUUCCAAAAAAGUCGACCAAACAGAGACUAGUAGUACUAAUACGAGCACUGAAACUCAACGUCGUCGCGACGACGACUCUUCACUGGUAGACUUGACCACGCUUCCAACAACCACGACCGAUUACGUCACGGAGCCGUUUAUUUUAUCAACUUCAACUAGCGUAAUAACCACUAUUAGAGAAUCGGCCACGGAGAAGACGCGAAUCUCGCUGAAACGUUACAAAGAGUACCUGAAGAGUAACAAAACUGAUUUGCUGAACGAGCUUCGAUCUAACGACAUUAACGCCGAAAACCCAAAACCGAUCAAUACUCAAGAAGAGACCUUUGUAUCGAAGACAGAUUCGACGACUAAAAAAUCAGCAACGUAUUUCCGGAAACGUUUCAAUCAUACGGUUACAACGACCGAUACACCGGUCAAAACUCAGAAUUCUGAAACCACUGGAACCCAUUCUAGAUUCUUUUUACGUCGUCAUAAGAAUAUUUCAUCGAUUGCUGCCACUUCGACUGAACAAAAUUCCGUAGGAUUUACAGGUUUACCUAAUUCGUCUGAGAAAUUCACCAAGUCCUCUUCGGCCGAAUCACAGUCAGAGAAUAACGAAGCUGAUAAAUUAUCGAAAACGGAUAAAGGUCGAUAUAAAGUUAAAUAUCGAAGCUCGACAACUCCGGAAUCUGACAGUAUAAGCAGUUUUUUCACUAGACGUCGUUAUUCGAAAACAGAUAAGUACAAAUUGACCGAGUCCACGAGCACUACAGCUGCUCCUACGACGAGCAAAGCCUCCAGAUACUUUUCCAGGAAUAGGAAAGCGUCUCAACGAACCACCGAAUCAGUAUCUGAGCAACCGUCGAAAAAUGACGAGAAUCAAAAAGUAACUCAACCGACUGAAAUUUUGAAUUCGGAUGAAAAUCGUUACGAGAUACCUCAAACGAGUACGUUCAGACCAACAUCGCCUUCAAACGUUGUUUCCACUUCAGAUGACGAUUCUAUCGCUAUAGCUACGGUAUUUGAUUCGACUAGUAAAACGAUACUGGCUACGAAAGAAGAUGAAGGCAUUGCUUCGAAUACAGAUUCGCCUCAAAUUGGUUCAGAAACCUCGACUGUAGCCAUGCAAGAUUUGACUUCGAGAGGCAAAGAGGAUGUGGUAUCAGCUCAGACGAGCAAUACGACCUCAGUGACGGCUCCUCUUGUCAAAAAUGUAACCGAAAUACGCGAACCGAUCAAAGCUUUUCGCAAUAAUUCGAGAUUUUUGAAAAAUCCCGAGCCCGAAUAUGUCGGAGUUGGGGUGCGAACAAAAGGUACCCGAAUUCAAAGCUCAACCAAUCAAAAUAAGCCAGAGAAUUCGGCAGAUGACAAACGACAUCGUUUUGGUACCCCUAUCAGGGUUGCUCCGGUGAUUCCGAAUGAUAAAUUCAAACACCCGAUUGAAAAUGACGUCCAAAGUUCUUCAAUAAACAGCAUUCGUCGAGGUCGUAAGAAAUUCUCCGACAGUUCGGAUGAUGCUGCAAAUGUGGCCAGUGUCAUCUCAGAAACCUCGACAAACGCUGAAAACUUGAGAAAAGAUUACAGAUCUCGAUCUCAAUCACGUUUUCAUCCAGCAGAUAUUCCUCAAGUAACCUCAACUCCUUCUAGACACGAGCCAACGAGAAGAGGCCGACCUUUAUCGAGCACAUCUUCAACCAGCAGCACGUUUUCAGAUUCGGAUGCCGGAAGAUUCGUAUCAGUAUCUGAAUUCGCCUCUACUUUUGGCCGUUCUGCAUCCACCUCGCCUGUAACUUUCAGUUCAGCAACGGCAGCUGGCACCGAACGAAACGAAAUCCGAGGACGAUUCGCUCACGAGAAUAAAUCAGCAGCUCGAGUCCACUCGCAAUCGACUGUCACUCCGUCUUAUUUCGAAAUCUUGGAACAAGAAUUCCGAGAACGUAGUCGGCCCGCCGUAACGGCCAUUCCAACCGAUCCAUUCAUCGUUAAAAAAACCGAAGGUCGGCCUCGGUUUUACCAACCCUCGAGUCGAACCGUCGUUGAACUCACGACCUCGGGUGACCUCAGAGUUUCACUCAAUAAAGAGCUCGAUUCUCGACGUCGUUCAAAAUCGCAACGUUUCAACGCCUCCGACUCGCCAACCCAAUGGAACGAAUCAGACAACAAAGUGGCAGCCACCGAUGUGGAAAAUAAUAAACCUAGAACGACAGUGACUCGAAACAGAGGCACAAUCAAAGCUCAAAAUUCUCUAUCCAGAACGGAAAUCAGAGAACUAACCUCUCUGAUAAAUUCUCAAGGUCAGCCUGAAACUAGAUCUAAAAAGAAACCGACACCGAUCGUAGAAGAAACAUUUGUAACCAACGCUAACGCCUUCCAAUAUGGCGGUUUGGAAGACGAAGCUUACACCGCAACCGCUGCUAGUCCGUCCAUUUUGGAAAGAUCGUUCGAAGAAACAACCGAUACAAUUUACGUGCUCGAUGGAAAUUCGAAUUCUAUAUCGAAUUUCGAAUCAAACAACCUCGAUCUUCAUCGCUACAAAUCGAAAACCCCUGCCGAAAUAUUCGGAGCUAGCGAAACCAGGUACACGAAUCAAAGGCCAGCUGCUGGUACUACUACCGCGUCCAGAAUUACCACCGAUGAUGAUGAGGAUGACAAAAGUACCGAACAAGGGGUCAACGAACCAUCUGCAGUAUCCAGCAAUGAACGAACCACUAUCAGGCAUCAGUCGGAGCCUUCUUCGAGGUACAGAGAGAACUUUCGAAGAACGACUUCGCCACGAUCUCGUUCAAGAUCUACGACUACUACAACUACCACUGAACGUGCAUCCUCAUCAUCUUCAAACGAGUCCAGUAAACUUGCAAACAGAUUCCGCAGAAGAAAAAUAAAACCUGAAAAUCGCAGUAUCAGCAGUAGCAGAGGCGAAACUUCGUAUUCUUCUAACUAUCUUGUAGAAACAUCAACAACGAAACCAAAGAGAAUUGAUAUUUCUCAACGUGGUUCUACAACAAUAUCAGACUUCUUACCAGUACCAGCUCCAUUAUUGUACAGAGGAAAUGCUACAAGCAACGGUUUAGACGUUCCUUACGUGGAAGAUUUAGAGGCCCAAAAUAUAAACACGCAGACAAACUAUUACAAUACCGAAGACGUCUCAGAUCUAGCUGAUCCUGCUGUAGUUGCCAUUCAUAAUUUGAAAACUGUACCUCCGGCUGCUGCUUCUCAGCAGGUUGCAUUUUCUAAAACAAUGAGUUCGGUUGCUCCUCAAAUAGCAUAUACUGAAGAUAUUUCACUACGACCAUUUCCUAGAAUACCAACAACUCCGGCAACCCCCGUAAUAGCAAUUUCCAACCCUAGAUCAUCGAUUCGUCGAGGCACAAGUCGUUUAUCUGUCAAAACAACCACAACAACGCAAGUUCCUUCGUUGCAAGAUAUCUACAACGAUUAUCACGAGACAGAUAUCGAAUACCACGCCGAUCCUGUAGAAAUACCCAUCACCGGAAAAGUUAGAAUACACAGCGAUGGCUAUAUCGAAUGUUUAGACAUGGGUAAUUUCCCGCAUCCGUUUUCGUGUAAAAAAUUCAUCUCUUGUGCCAAAAUGGAAUUCGAUAGCUUAUUGGGUUGGGAAUACACCUGCCCGAAAGGCUUAUCAUUCGAUCCUAUAGGUGGUAUAUGUAACUGGGCUGCUGGAUUAGGUUGUAAAGAAUGAUGAGUCUGCAAGUUUUCAAGUUGCGAAGAAAAUUUAUUGGUAAAUGUAUUGUAAGAUGUUUUUAAACAACUACUCGAGUCGCAUAUAACCCUGGACGUAUAGGUCACAUUCAGUGUGAUAUCGUUUCAAUAUUCAUCUCCAUCUUUAUGGUACCACUUAAGUAUUUUUAAAAUUUUUGAAUUUUAAUUCGUAAAGAAACAUCAUUCAUUGUUUUCAAGUGAAUGAUUUUUUAUGUUCAUAUUUUUCGUUUCAAAAAAAUAUGAGUGAAACAGAUCAAAAGGACAAUAGCUCAUUGAAAAGCUCAUUCAAUUUACUCGAAUUUUUCAGAAGAAAAUUGAGAGAAAUGCUGCUUUGGCAGAUUUUAUUUUCCUUUUUAAAAUUUAUUUUAAUUCGUUUUUUAAGAAAUGUCCGUCUAAACAUUUUAAAUCACUUCAAAUCCGAAAUAUUUUUUUUUUCUUUUUUACAAUUAGGUGGCAUGUCGUAUGAAUGGGAAAAAAUUGUUUUUUGAAUUUUAUAAAAUACCUACCUAAGCGAAGUGGUUGACAGAGUUUCAACGAAAAUAAAAGAAACAUUGAAAUUCUGAAACAACAAUAGGUAUAAUUUAUGUUAUGAGUAUAAAUAAAUUACAAUUUUUUUAUUGAAUAUCUAGUCGUAUUAAUAGGCCUACAUUUUGAUUUAUUAUUUUUAUGAUAAUCUACUCGCCAUCGUAUUCAUUCUACUCGCGAAAGGAAUAACAUUGGUUUGUACAAUUAGAAUUUUGAAAUUCUUGUAUGGAAAAUAAAUGUAUUGGUAAAUA